AGUUUUACUAUUUGAAAAAUGACCGACUUUUUAAAAAAUUCACCAUUGUAUAUUUCUACAACGAUAAAACAUUAUCUUAAUGGACCACCUAGACCUUCAUGGAAUUUAACAAGUCAUAUAUUUUGGACAAAGUUUAUAUUACUCGUAAGUAACAAAACAAUUGAGGAAAUGCAAAGAGCUAGCUUUAGUUUUCAACCUUCUCCUGUACAAGCUGGUGUGGUGAUAAAUGAAUUUAAGAUAGAUAAUAAAUAUAGAAACGAGGCUCAAGUUCAUCUUGAUAAAAUUUUGAAACCAUACGAACACGUCUUAGAUCCUGAAUGGAAAAAUUUGAAAGAUGAUGGAAUGGCUUCAACUUAUUACUUUUUCACUAAAAAAACUUAUCAUUGUAUUACAAGUUCUCUUGCCAAAAUUGCAAAUGAAAGAGUUUUAGCAAUAAACUAUCGGCUUGCACCUCAAAAUCAAUUUCCCGCCGCAUUACAUGAUGCAUUAGCAGCUUAUUUAUAUCUCUUAAAUCCUCCAAAAGAUGCUGGAUUUGAACCUCUAAAUCCAAAAAAUAUAGUAAUAGCCGGCGAUAGUGCUGGAGGUGGUUAA